CUGUGCGGGCGAACCCAUUCGAUGUCUACUCCUAUCAUAGAUAGUAUUCGAGUCGAACGCCUUAACCACUCGGCCACACUGACAUAACUGGCGGAAAUUUUUGCCAGCGGUAGUCUAAUAAUACUACUCCGCGUGCCUUAUCAAGAUCGAGGCGAUCCCUCCGCGCGGAGCUUGUAGCCUGAGUACGGCGCCGCAGAGACACCCGUUUAGCUCCACGUCGGCCUUCCUUCAGUGAUCACGGCGGAGGGACAGCUUCGUCAGCAUACACACCUUUAUACCUCGACUUGCUGCCAUCGUCCAGCUCUUUAGACCCUGAAAUCAUCAUCUUGCCCUCCUUACCUCCUCCUGGGGCCUUGAAUUAUUCUCUCCGCAGCCCGUCCCUGUUGACACCCGCCUCCUUCCCUACCAUGGAGGGUGACAAGAUCGCCGACUUCCUCGCAGACCAGCGCGAUCAAGCUCCUGCGGAGGCGCAGGCCUUUUUCUUGAGCUUCGAAGAUUUCUGGGAGAGGAAGCUAUGGCAUCAACUCACGAAUUCCCUCAUAGAUUUCUUCUCUCUACCAGAGAGCGCACCGCAACGGCUACCUCUCUUCAAGUCGUUCAUCCUCAGCUUCGCCGAUAGGAUCAAUCAGCUGAAGUUCGUGUCGCUGGGUUUGAUGGCAUCUACGCAAUGCGCAGAUGACAAUGAACGAUUUGCUUUCCUUACUUCCCUUGCAGACAAGGUCAACAAGCCAGACUCGCAGGAUGCAUAUGUCUACGCUUUGGCAGAUGUGGCCAGCGUGAAGCUACGACUAAAGGAUUUUGAGGGAGCGCGCAAGGACUUGGAUACUUCUGAGAAGAUCCUGGACAGAUUCGACUCCGUUGAGACGGUUGUCCAUGCUUCGUUCUACAAAGUAAACGCUGCUUACUACCAGGCCAAGCAAGAAUUCGCCGCUUAUUACAAGAACGCCCUGCUGUACCUCGCAUGCAUCAACAUUGAAGACUUGACUGAAGAAGAGCGUGUGUCGCGCGCAUAUGACCUCAGUGUUGCAGCCCUUGUUUCGGACUCAAUCUAUAACUUUGGUGAACUGCUCCUGCACCCUAUCCUGGACUCCCUCACCGAGACACCCCACGCCUGGCUGCGGGACCUUCUCUUCGCCUUCAACCGUGGCGAUCUCACCGCCUACGACGUCCUCGCCGGUAACAUCACCAAGAACCAGCUCCUCGAGCAACACCGUAUCUUCCUGUACCAGAAGAUCUCUCUGUCGGCCCUAACAGAGACUGUCUUCCGUCGUCCCCCGCACGACCGCACCAUGACCUUUGCCGCCAUCUCCGCCGAGACGAAGGUCAAGCCUGAUGAAAUCGAACAUCUCGUUAUGAAGGCGCUAUCCCUCGGUCUGCUGAAGGGUAGCAUCGACCAGGUCGCUCAGAUCGCGCGCAUCAACUGGGUCCAACCCAAGGUACUGGACAUGAAGCAGAUCGACGGCAUGCGGAGGAGACUGAAGGAAUGGGACGCUGGCGUCAACCAGCUCGGACACUGGAUCGAAGGUGUUGGAAAGGAUGUCUGGGCUGCUUAGACAAAAUGAAAGAACCCCGCGACCUUCUCCCGGCCGCGUUGUAUCUUUUACCAAAUCCGAGCUUAAUUUUAUUCGGGUCAAAUAUAUGAUCCCAAUGUUUGCGGAUUUCAGGAACCAAAAUACGAAAGAACAAGACCUAGGGUAAGAUAGGUUCUGCGGAAACCGAGUCUCUCGAAGUAGAAAGGCCCGGUACGAUAUGAUAUUGAUGAUAUCCAUUAGUAACAAAACAAAUAAGGAAGACAAUGUCUUA